AGAGAGCAGACAAUAUUAUUAAAAUGUCACAAACAAAGAAGAGACCUUCAACUGGACCACAAGCAAAUAAAAACUGGAAACACCACAGGGGGCCAAUUUCUCAUGAAUAUGAGCCCGAGCCUAGGAAACGGGCCCAGGCGAAGAAAGAUAGGCUCACUGGACUGAUCAAACGAGCAGACCAGUUGUGCACUAAGACCAGAGGCUCGAUAUUUCUGAGGUACGUUGAUGAGGCGGGGAAUGCCUUUGUGUAUUCUCAAGACGAAGACACAUUUGUGAAAUACCAGGAGGAGGGGAUACAUCCAGAAGUAGGGGGGGAUGAACGGAGAUACAACAACAAGGGGGCAGCUACCCACAUACUUAGUGAGAAGACGAAGAAAGCUAUCGUUCAAGAGCAGGAAAAGAAAGAGGAUCAGGAAUCAAUCAUGUCGCCAGAGGUGCCUCGCCAGUCCGCCGCCGUGUUGAUGGAAGCAGAGACAUAUGCCAGCUUAAAAGAAGCAGGCCUGGCAGUUGAGACACUACCACCAGC